UCUCUGAGCUUAUCAUCUCAACUCUUCUCUCUAUAGACAUUUUCUAUACGCACAGAAAAAUUCAGGUUAAAGUUUACUUUCAUUUUCCCUCCUUGCAGCGUUUUCAUUCCUCAAAUCAAACCCUAGUUUUUGCCAAUUUUGACAGGCCUCAACAACUGUUGAACGCCUCAUCAAGUUUUGCUGGUCUGGUAUUUUGUAUAACGAUUUUUUCGAGAAGGCUUUAACUCGGUAGGUUUCUUUUUUUAUUUUCUUGGCGGAUGCGUUAUUGGUGGUGCGUCGGUAGCGUUCUUGUGGAUAAGGUAUCGUUGGAACUGGUUUUGAUUAAAUUGAACCAUUGAUGCCGCCGGAGCCAUUGCCAUUCGACCGGAAGGACUUUUUGAAGGAUAGGAAGCCGUCAUCUGCGGACCAUGUAGGAAUUGUUCCGCAGCGAUGGAGAGAGCCGCCUACUACUCCUUCUCAGCAUAACAUCCAUGGAUCCUCCUCGUUUUGUCGAUGGGGCGCUGGAGGUGGACCCUCUGAUUUCCGCCGACCCUUUUCCGGUCUUCAUGGUAAGCGGGUUGGUGGUGGCUGGCACAAUACAACAAUUGAAUCAAGCAGCAAAGAGAAUAACUGUAUGACUAAUAGUGUGUCAAUGGCUUUUGAUGGUCAGAAAGACCCUAAAGGAGUCAACUCUUGGGAGACCACUGCAUCACCAAACGGUAACUCUCUUCCUCAUAAUGACUUUGUGAACUCGCUGGACCAACUUCACUCAGCUGACCAACAUGCUAAGAACAGUGGUGGUGGAUUCAGUACUACCAACAACCAGAGACUUGAGAAAGAGACUUCAUUGGGAUCUUCACUUGAUUGGAAGCCUCUCAAAUGGAUCCGUUCUGGAAGCUUAUCUUCAAGAGGUUCUGGUUUCAGUCAUUCAAGUGGUUGUAAGAUCAUUGGGGUGGUGGAUCCUUUUAAUGGCAAGUUAGGGACUCAACUGGGUAACAACACUCCUCUUCGAUCCCCUUCUGAGGAUGCUUCCCCCUGUCUGACACCAAUGACUCAUGAUGAAGCCAACUCCCGCAAGAAGCAGCGCCUUGGAUGGGGGGAAGGCCUUGCCAAGUAUGAGAAAAAGAAGGUUGACCCUGAAGAUAUUCUUGAUAAAGAGGCUGGAGCUAGAAAUGUUAUGGUUGAUGGUGUUAGUGGUUCAGAACCUUUGCUUACUAGUCCUUCUAGUUUGACUGAUAAAAGCCCCAGUGUCAAUGGUUACUCAGAAUGUGCAUCUCCUACUACUCCUUACUCCUAUGCCUGCAGUUCCUCUCCAGGUCUAGAAGAGAAGGAAUCUACUAAGACAAUUACAGUAGAUAAUGACACCUAUAAUCCUAGUGUUGCUUCUUGUCAUGUGUCUGAAAAUCACACAGAAGGAUUAUCAUCUAAUUUGGAGCUUAACUUGAGCUCUGCACUUGAUGAACUGCUGCAGACUGAUGAUUCAAGUUCUCCAGGGCCUAAAUUUGUGAAAUCCACUGCAAUGGACAAGUUACAUGUAUGGAAAGCAGAGCUGACAAAGACACUUGAAAUCACAGAAACUGAAAUUGAUUCUCUUGAGCAUGAAUUGAAGUCAUUGGUUUCUGAUGCUGGUUCUUUCCCAACAGAAUACCAGAAUAAGACUUGUGGUGGACCUUUGCCUGUGGAGAAAACUGAUAGUUCUCCAGAAGAAGUUAAUGGAGCAGAAGAUUCAGAUGACAAGAGUUCAGACACAACAUCUGAGUUUGUGGAAUCCGUUUCUAAAUGCUCUGAAGAUGUUGGUAAUGAUGAUGCUUUAGGCUUUGUUACUUCUUGUGGGGACCACAGCAGCUCUACAGUUUCAGAUGGCGAAGAUGUAGAUAAUGGCAGAGAAGAUGAUAAGUUAUAUGAUUUCAUAUUCGCUACAAACAAAGUUAUAGCAAAUGAAACUUCUGAUGAACUUAAUAGGAUAUUAUUGCCAACUACACACUUAUGUAACAAGAUUUCGAAAUCCACCGAUGAGUCAUUGAAUAAGACUAAAAUUGCUUCGAGGAAGCGUUUUCUAAAGUUUAAGGAAAGGGUUAUCACAAGUAAGUUUCGGGUAUUACAGCAUGCAUGGAAGGAAGAUCUUCAGUUGCUUUCUGUAAAAAAAACUGGUGGCAGGUCACAGAAGAAGUUUGAAUCGAGCUCACGAAUGGGAUACGCUGAUCAUCAGAAAUACUCCUCUUCAAUUCAUUCUCGUUUAUAUCCUCCUGGUGGGAGCGUGAGCCUGGUUCCAACCACAGAGACACUUGAUUAUGUGAAGAAGCUGCUUUCAGAUUCACGGGUGAAGGUUCAUAGAAAGACAUUAAAGAUGCCUUGUUUGAUAUUAGACAGGAGCGAACGGAUGAUGACAAGGUUUGUUUCAGAUAAUGGAUUGGUGGAGGACCCUGUUGAAGUUGAAAAGGAAAGAUCCAUUGUCAGUGCCUGGACAGAAGAAGAGCAGGGAAUCUUUUUGGAGAAGUACUCUCUGUUUGGAAAAGAUUUCAAGAAAAUCGCGUCUUUUCUGAAAAACAGAACAUGUGGUGAUUGUGUUGAGUUUUACUACAAGAACCACAAGUCUGAUUGUUUUCAGAAGAUAAAGAAGAAGUCAGCAUUUGCAAAAGGGAUGUCUUGUAUUACCAAUACUUACCUGGUGACAUCUGGCAGGCGAAUGGCUGCGGAUGCUACUUCCCUUGAGAUGCUUGGUGCUGCCUCAGAAAUGGUUGCCAGUGUGGAUGGUGAACAGAAACUAGAUUCAGGAAUGUUUUGUAAUGAGCAGGAAACUGCUGCAGCUGAUGUAUUGGCUGGGAUUUGUAGGUCUGUAUCAUCAGAAGCUUUGGGUUCUUGCAUCACAAGUUCAGUUGAUAAUGGAGAUGUCCAGCACCAUGAGCAUGGAAGGAGGAGGAGUAGAUGCCAGAUGGUUGGGGGUGGUUCUUGUUCAAAGAGGAGGCAGCAUUUGACACAAAAAGAGGAUGUUGACGAUGAAAGUUGUUCGGAUGAGAGCUGUGGGGAAGAGGUGGACACCUCAACCUGGAGCGAUGCAGAGAAGAUAAAAUUCAUAAAGGCUUUCAGAUCCUGUGGCAAGAAUUUUGCAAAUAUCUCAAUAUGCGUGAAAACAAAGACAAUCGAUCAGUGCAGGGUGUUUUUCAGCAAGGCUAGGAAAUGUCUUGGACUGGAUGUGAUUGAUGUUGAGCAGGCUGAUAACAACCAAGAGGAGGAGGAGGAGGAGGAAGAGGAGGAGGGUGAAGAUGCUUUGAUGGUGGACAGUGGGUCGGACAUUUCUCAAGACAACAAGUCGUCUUUGGAAUGCAGUAAGAUGGAUAAUUUGGUGGGUUCAAAUGGUGAAAAUACAUAUUCUGGUGAGCAGUCAUGCGCAUCAGAUGAUGCUAAAGUUGCCAGUAGUGAGAUUUUCAUACAAGAAGGAAUUAGGGAGGAGGACGAGGAGCCUAUGGCCAUGGCCACCACUGAAACUGAUGGAUGUUUGGAUUUAAACUGCAAUAAUAUGAAGUUAAGUUGUUCGGAUGGUAAUAAUGGUUUGUUGGUGUCAAAUUUGUUUCCUGGAAACCCUACUGCUAAUUGUGCUAUUCCGUUCAAGAAGACUAUUCGAAUUAGGCAGGAGGAGGAUGAAUCAGCAUCAUCAUCCAGACUGUCUUUCAGGAAGAGCUGUGAGGAGGAUAAGAAGUAUGAAAGUAAAGAUGGUUUUCAUUUGAAUCUUGUUCCAAAACACUCAUUGAUGGAUUGUGCAGCAGAUGAAUCUUCCCAAGUUUUUAGGGGAUAUCCUGUUAACAGUGGGAUGAUAGGUUACAGUGAAGCAACACAAAGCCAAAGCCAAAGCAAGUUGAAGUUGGGUGAGAGUCUGUUAAUGGAAGCAAGGGGGCCUCAAGAUGUGGAAAAGCCAAGCCGGACUGGUCAUGGUAAUGUGAAGCUGUUUGGUCAAAUAAUAACUAAUCAGCCACCACCACAAGCACAAGCACAAGCACAAGAGAAUGGAUGUGGUGGGAAAGUGAAAUCCUUUGGGCUCAAGUUUGAUGAUGAUGAUGAUAGGAGGAAAGUGGAUGUGGAUGUGGAUGUGGAUACAUUAUUAAGGAGGAGUGAUAAUGGAUAUUGGGGGGAUGGGAACAACAACAACAGAAUAAGGAUUCCAGACUCUGCAAGGCUGCUGGCAAAGUAUCCUGCUGCAUUUAGUAAAACCUCCUCUUUUCAUCCAUUCACCAAGUUUGAUCAGCAUCAGCAUUCUUCUUCUUCCUCCUUAAACAAGAUCAUCUCUGCUGGUUUUCCAUCAUGUAGCAAGAAUGGAGGGGGGAGGCAGGAAGGUGUAGUAGAUAAGUUAUUGUUACCGAAUGUGAAUGUGGUUGGUGGAAUUUCGGAUGCUGUGGCAGCCAUUAGAAUGCACUAUGCCUAUGCUGCUAAUAAGACAGAAUCUCUACAGCACCUAUAUGAUUACAACAACAAGGUUGAAGAUGAAGCAGCAGCUUGGAGAAGGAGGAUGAUAUAGACAACAGAAACAGAAACAGAUGAGAUGACAAGUACAAACAGUCUUUUCUUUCUUAUAUGGUUGGUUGGUUGGUGGUAAAUUAGUCUUUUCUCUUUUGUUUUCUUCUUCCAUGUCAUAUGUGUAUUAUAUGUUGAGUUUGAGUAGUGAUAGAGAUCAGGGCUGGUCUUUUUUGGUAAUUUUAGGAGGGUCUUUUUUUGUAAUGUUUGGAGUAGCUUAGCUUAAUGUUUUGUUUUGUUUUGUUGUAUUUUAUUUAUCAAGUACACAAAAUAAUUUCUCAAAGCACCAUCAAAAUAAGAUGUUACUUAUUGUUAGUUUUUA